UAAACCAAGAAAAGGACAUAGUAUACUCAGGGUACAAUAUUCAACAACUUUUGUGUCCUGUUCCAUUCCAAGCAGCCACACUAUCUUCUGCAAAGACUUUCCACAGUCUUCUCCGUACCCUCUUCAUUAUCUCCCCCAAAUCUUCUUUCUUUAACCCUUUUCUUACUGUUUCUUGAUCUUCACACAACACAUGGAUGCCAAAGAUCAGAUCACACACACACCCCCUUCAGGGGUUCACUUGUGUCAUAGAUGUGGGUGGCCUUUUCCUAACCCACACCCAAGUGCUAAACACCGGCGAGCACAUAAGAAGAUCUGUGGAACCAUUGAUGGUUAUACUAGUUUGAUUGGUUCAGAAGUGGGUUCAGAUGAUGAUAAAGAAAAGACCCCUAGUCCCAAGAUUGUGGAGAAGGUAGGUGGGAUGAGGGUGAGUUUUAGUAGAUCUGAAGAUGAGGUGUUUUCAGAUGCAGUUACUGAAUUUCCAGAUAGUGGAUCUGCAAGCAAAACUCUGGAUAGGGAUUUGUUUUUUUCGUUUAAAGACGCCGAAAAUGACGGUGCUAAUGAGUUCUUAAAUGAUCCAAUAGAGAUCAGCAAAGUCGAUGCCAGCGUUGAAGUUUCUGAAAAGAUUAACACCCAUGUAGAGAAAUCUGAAGAAACUGAGAUAGCAACUGUGGGUGAUUCAUCUGAGUCAAACCAUGAGUUGACCGACACUGGUUUGGUCAAAGAUGGAGUCAUGGGACACGCACCUGAGCCAGGUCACAUUUCCCAUUCACAAGAGACUAAAUCUAUUGAUGUCGUGGAGGCAGAGGAGGAAAAAGGUCAAGAAAGUCAAACCUCUGAAAGUAGUACCAAAGAAGCUAUAGAUUCAGAGUUGACCAAAACACCCCCUGAAGUUUCUGCAAUUGUCGGUGGAUACCAUGAUAACGUUAAGCAGGAGAUCAAAUCUGAUUACGUACACGUUUCAGAAGUUGUUAACGAUUAUAAAACUGUUGAAGAAACCAAUAUCGAAAAGUUUGGUUUGGAAUAUGAAGUUUCUUCAGAAGUUGUUAAAGAAUCUGAAACCGAUCGUUUAGAGGAAGUUGCUGAAGAAAUUAUGGAUAAAAAAUCCGAAUCUGAUCAUAAACAAGAUCCAGAAGUGGCCAAAGAACCUGCAAGUGUUCAAAACGUUUCGGUUUUGAUUGAAAAGGAGAAUUCUGGUGCACCAAAUGUACAGAUUCAGGAAGUUUUCGACGAACCCGUUGCGGUUAUAACUGAAAAAAAGGAUCUUGAAGCACACAAGUUGGAAAAAAGCUCGAUACAACAGAUUCAAGAAGUUGUGAGGGAACCCGACACAGUUUUGACUGAAAAAGAGGAUCUUGCUGGACCCCACUUGGAAAAAGAAUUAAAAGAACACACCCAUAAAGUUUUCGAGAACCCCGUAUCUGUUUUGACUGAAAAACAGGAUCUUGGUGUACCAGAUUUGGAAAAAAACUCAAAAGAACAGAUUCAAGAAGUUGUUAAGCAACCCGACACAAUUUUAACCGAAAAAGAGGAUCUUGGUGGACCCCACUUGGAAGAACAAUCAAACAAACACAACCAUGAAGUCGUAGAAAAACCGGAUCCAGUACUGACCGAAACUCAGUAUAUGGGUCCACCCAAACCGGAAAAAUGUUCAAAAGAACAUGUUGAAGAGCCCGAUUUAGUUUUGACCAAAAAGGAGGAUCUUGGUGCACUUAAGUCGGAAACAUGCUCAAAAGUAGAUGAUAAUAGCAGUGUUGUUGCUGAUGUCAGCAUUGAUAAUUCUGUUGUCAAUGGCAAGAAUGCAUCUGAUGUUGUUCGUGUGCCUAUAGAAGAAGCUAAGAUUAAAAAUCAAGAUUCUGGUGCAGCUUUAUCAGCAGUUUCAAGUGGCCGCAGUAGUUUGGAGGGAAAUUGGGGCUCGGUUUCAGUGCUUUCUACUGCUUCAAUUGAUGCUGGAUCUUUACAAUCGACUGAAAAGUCAAAAGUCAACUUCGGGAAGUCAAAUGCAGCAACAUCCGAUGUUUUCGAGCCACCGUCAUUCAUGACACUAGUGGAAACCGAAAGCAAAGAUAAGAAACCGGAAUCUUCUGAGGUGCUAGACUCACAAAAACAACCAAAUUCCGAAGUUUCACAAGCCGGGUGGUUCCCAACUUUGACCAAAGUCAACAAUGAAUCCGAAGGGAGAAAGAGAAACGAGGAAGCGAUUGCAAAGGUUACAAACUGGAGCACCGGGAAACAGUCUAUACCUCUAAAGAACCUGUUGGGUGAAGCCAAAUCGCCAGGUGGCGCACAACCCGAGCCCGUGGUUAAGAAAGAUGAAGCUGUGGUCAACCCUCCGGUCAACAAUGACGUGUCAUCACCACCAAAGCUGAUUGAUGAGAGUAAGAAAGGGAAGAAGAAGGUAAAGGGUUUAAGUUCGUGGGUACCAUUUGUAUGCUGUUCUUCGGUAAAUGUUGUUAACUAGAAGAUGAUGCGAAUGCAGCAACGCUUUUGGAUACUUUGCUUGAUCGGGUCUACAUUUGUUGCUAAAACCGUUGCAAAGUCUGACGUUCCCCUUUUGUAUAUUUUUAUAUAGUAGAUGGAUCAUGAUUGUUUCUUCAAGUGAUAAUAGAAUGGUUGAUUUGUACUUA